GAGAGAGAGAGAGAGAGAGAGAGAGAGAGAGAGAGAGAGAGAGAGAGAGAGAGAGUCGGCGAGGCAAGAAGAGCAGGGACACGGAGCAGUUCCCCCAGAGCCAGCCGAAACCUCCUCGGACAGCAGCCCCAGCAGCUCUUGUAGUCGCCGGAGACGCCGCGGCCGCCACCACCGUUCCAGCCCGGCCUCUCGCGUCCCUUGCCGCCGGCUCGCCGGGGCAGCGGGGAUGCAGCUGGGGCAUGGCCGCCGGGGCCCCGUCACCUGCAGCUGGGAGCGCUGAACCCGUCGAAAAGUUACCUGUGAGAACCUAACACUCUCUUGUGACAUACUCCACCCUGAGGAAGCUUCUCCAGGUCCUCGGUGGGCCCCUCCCCCUUGGUGACAGGAAAGGAGCCAGCAUUCCGACCGACAGGGCGAAGUCAGGCGCGCCGAGGGGGAAUCUGCCAACCUUCCCCGGAGCUGGCCCGCAGGCCUCUUCGGCGGGAACCUGUCCUAGGAGUGGCCCAUUCUGCAAACAGGGCAACCAGGACGCCACGGCUCCACCUGAAGCAAUGGCCCAGCCCUACCCCCCUGCCCAGUACCCCCCUCCACCUCAGAAUGGAAUCCCAGCCGAGUAUGCCCAGCCUCCGCCACACCCUACACAGGACUACUCCGGCCAGACCCCAGUCCCCCCAGAGCACGGCAUGACCCUCUACACACCAGCACAGACGCACCCUGAGCAGCCAGCCACCGAGGCCAGCACGCAGCCCAUCGCCGGGACCCAGACAGUGCCGCAGGCGGAUGAGGCAGCGCAGACAGACAGCCAGCAGCAGCUCCACUCUUCAGACCCCACGGAGAAGCAGCAGCCCAAACGACUACAUGUCUCCAACAUCCCCUUCCGGUUCAGGGACCCCGACCUGCGGCAAAUGUUCGGGCAAUUCGGGAAAAUUUUAGACGUGGAGAUCAUUUUUAACGAACGGGGCUCCAAGGGUUUUGGGUUUGUAACUUUUGAAACUAGCUCAGAUGCUGACCGAGCCCGGGAGAAGCUGAAUGGGACGAUCGUAGAGGGACGGAAAAUUGAGGUUAAUAAUGCCACAGCCCGGGUCAUGACCAAUAAGAAGCCUGGGAACCCGUAUGCCAAUGGCUGGAAGCUAAACCCUGUAGUAGGGGCAGUCUACGGGCCUGAGUUCUAUGCAGUGACCAGUUUCCCCUACCCCACCACGGGCACCGCCGUCGCCUACCGGGGCGCACACCUGCGGGGCCGGGGCCGGGCUGUGUAUAACACCUUCCGAGCUGCACCUCCUCCGCCCCCCAUUCCGACUUACGGAGCGGCACUGGAGCAAACGCUUGUUAAAAUGCCAGUCCCGUGGGCGGGGCUGGCACCGUGCCCCCUCCCUCCUCAGCAGACACCGGAGCCGGCCUACCCCACCUCUCCAGCGUUCCCACCACUCUCUUGUCCGUUUGCUUCCAGGGUCGUGUAUCAGGAUGGAUUUUAUGGUGCUGAGAUUUAUGGAGGCUAUGCAGCUUACAGAUACGCUCAGCCCGCAGCCGCAGCCACCACAGCCUACAGCGACAGUUAUGGCAGAGUCUAUGCAGCUACCGAUCCGUACCAUCACACCAUCGGCCCCACAGCAACCUACAGCAUCGGAACCAUGGCUAGCCUCUGCCGAGGAGGGUACAGCCGCUUCACCCCCUACUAGCAAGAGACCCCCUCACAGCAUUCACACCACUGCUUAUUCCAAACCAAACCCUUCAGUCCCAACACCAGAUACAGCCACCAGGAGGACAGUGCGCCCCUCCCGGUCAGCGACAAGCGCCGCUGACCCUCUGCGACUCUAAAGUCCAUAGAUUUUCAUUUUACCUCCAGCCAGCUGGUCUCCCCACCCCACCCGUGCUGGUGUGUGUGUCUCUGACCCUGGUUUUCCCGUAUGUCUGAACCUUGGUUCCCUAUCUUGACGUUGUUGAUGUUACACAAGCCACUUCAGGUACGGUAUGCAUACAGCCGGGGGGGACGACAAGUUUGUCCUGCCAGGGCCGUGCCUAUGUCUCAGGGCAACACGGGCCCUCAGAGCUCCAGAAGUGCCACCAAGCCUCCCUCAGAGCCACCUCAGCCAACCCCUGCAGGCCUGGCCACCCCCGUGCUUGGUGACUAGCUCUAGGCCUAGUCAACGGGUUUCCCAAGUGGGAGGGGGGGACCCUCCAUCCACCUUUCUCUAGGAAUGUCAGGAGCAGCUGCGGCCCUCUAGAGCAGCUGCGGCCCUCUGGACUUCCGCUCAGCUGAAGCUAAUGUGUCUAUUAAAGUUUACUACCCUCCUGUUAAAGUAGUCACAAGCACGCUGUUCUGUGCACAUACUGCUGUGGUCACCCCAGCUCUAGAAUUCCUUCUGGGAAUGUCCCUGACCCUGGGUCACCCUGCAUUGAUGGACCUGGAGACCCUCCCUGAGCCUGGCCCGCCUCCUCAGGCAUUUGGAGCUGAUAGAUGGCUCUGGGUAUUUGUCCUUGACCUACAGAGCUACCCCCCACCCAUCCCAAGACUCGACAUACCUUUUGUCAAGGCCCAUCGCAGGAGAGGGAAGGGUUGCAGUAGUCAGGCCAGGGUCACGUGCCCGCGUCCUUCCUCCAGCCUUCCUCCAGCCACUCCAGCCUCUGUUAGCAUACGCGUGCCUCUGUGGCCUGUGGGGACCCACCUAAUUCUACUGCCUAGGGUCCCUGAAAGGAUUGUCAGUUGGUACCUGAGGUCAGGCCAAGAGCUCCGGCCAGAACUAGCAGGUGCUGGCCCCUCCUCGACUCAGGGGGGGGGUUCAGGACCACAAGGUGACCAAAGCUGUUAGCCCCGUAGCAGAUAGAGCCCUGCUCCCUCCCCUGCCCUGUUCUCCGCCAUGCCCUACCACCCUCCACCAGGUCUGAUUAUCUUCCACACGCAGCCCUGCCCAUUCCUACAAGAUGGUCUGCUUUAGCUGGUGGUGGGGGAGGAGGGACGGCUUUAGGGGUACUGUGGCUUCAGGUUGGACCCCGACCACAGGCGCGGGGGUCCCGUGUGCUGCAGCCACCUCUUUCUGUUUCUGUUGUAGUGAAACCUUCCACCGUCUCCUUCUCGGACCAUGAAGGGCAAAAACAAAACAAAACAAAAAACAAAACAAAAAAAUCACAAAACAAAAAACAAAA